UAAAAAAAGAAAAUUGCACGAAGAUGAAACGUUGCUCUCUUUCUCUCUCUCUCUAUGGUUCCCAAAAAAGGCUUCACAGAGAACAAAGCGAGGGUUUUGUGAAGUGAGAGAAAAGAAGAAAACACUGAAGAGAGAAUUUCUCCGUAGACUCGAAGUUCUAGAUUGAGAUUAUCGAGCUGAAAACUGGAGUCUUCUCUGCUUUUAGCUGUAUCGCUCUUAGCUGUUAGGGUUUUUCAUUUGAUUUUUCUGUAUUAAUUUAUCAAGGUUUGAGACGGUAUUUAAUUGGUGAAACUGUCAAUAAGUUUGAUCUUUGGAUAAUUGCUGCUCUCCCAAACUGAGAUUUAUGUACUGGCUAACCUCUAAAGAUAUUUCUCACAAGGUAAAUGUUCUAAAUGGAGAAAAAAGGAUCAUGUCACAAGGACUUAUUUAAUACUUGGAGGUGUGGAAUGUGAAGCACUAUGACACUUGAAGAUUUCUUUACCUUGACCGAGAUGAAGGAUGGGCUCACAGCCCCUUCACGUGUGCACGAGCUGGUUGCUGUGAUGCAGAAAGAGAAAGAUUGUGUUGUGAAGAACAUUGGGGAUGCAACCAGGCAGUGGGCUGCCGUUGCAAGCACAAUUACUGCUACAGAGAAUAAAGAAUGUCUUGAUCUUUUUAUUCAAUUAGGUGGUCUCUGUUUUAUAGAUAGAUGGUUAAAAGAUGCUCAAAGGUUUGGUAGUGACACAGCUGAUGGUUUUGUAGAGGAGUCGAUUACUGCUUUGUUAAAAGCACUGGAAAAACUGCAAAUAGACAAAGAGAGGUGUGUCUCUUCUGGUAUCUGGUUCACUAUCAAUAAUCUUCUUGAUCACAGUAGUUCUCAUGUUCAGGAUAGAGCAAGAGCACUGUUUGAUAGCAUGAAGCAAGGUAGGGUUAGUGAUGCAAUUCAUCAUGAUGUUCAGAGUACAGGGGCAUUAUGCGAUGCCAUUGUGCACACCACUGAGAACAAUAAAGCAGAAUAUGCUGCUGUAGAUGUUCCUCUUCCAAAAGGAAAUGCUGAUGUGGAAAAUAAUGCAGCUGAAUCUGCCAGGGAUGAGAACGUGCCAUCAAGAAGCCCAAAUUGUCCUCAAUCAGAAAGGGUUGAGAAUGUACAGAUUCAAGCUCAUGGAAACAUGGACAGACCAUCAGAUCCUCUUACCGCAUCUGUAAUGUCGAAUUCUGUUCAAGAGAGUCCUCAAUUGAAGGAAAUAUCCUCAAGAAGUAAUGUUGAAGGAACUGCUGCAACUGAGACUCAUACUUCUGAAAUUCCAAAGGGACAAAGAUCUGAACUAGAGUUAGAUGCUUCAAAUAAGCAUGGCAGUUUCUCUGACAACUCGGGUGUGGUGGCUUCUCCCUCUAGUAUGGCGGAACCUGGAGAUAGUACUCCUAGUGCUGCUGUCACCAGUUCUAAAGAGAUGUUGGCAGAACCUGUAUACCAAAACAAUGUCGAUGCUAGAGAGGGUGACUCUGGUCCAAACAAUACUGCAUUUGUUGAUGCAGAAACAUCUAGAUCUUCACCAAAAGCUGGGACAGAUGAUGGCGCACUGGUGUUCAAGUCUAUGGCUAAAGAUGAUUGUUCUCCUGACAAUCUGCAGGACUCAUCUAAUGAAGAUAGAAGAUUGGAGAAAACCGAGUAUGCAGGGAUGGCAGACAUUGGAGCAGUGAAUGAUGAUCAGCAGCAUAGCAGUGAUGGAGCUGAAGAUUUAAGAGAUGAUUCUGAUUUUUCUAAACCAGAGAGGCAUACCCGGAGCCCUGAUCCAAUUGACAGGAGGAGAUCUGAUAUUGAAAUUGAAUAUGGAAUAGUUGAUGCUCUAGAAGUUGCUCGGCAAGUUGCACAACAAGUGGAAAGAGAGGUGGUAGAUUAUAGAGAACCAUCUUGCAGCUCAUCUUCAGAGAAAAUAAUGGGAAGUGGUGUUGGGGAGCCCGGUAGCCCAGAUUCUAUAAAUGUGAAGCAGGACGUGGUGGAUGUCCCUCUAGAAGAAAUUCCAACUGGACAAAAUCAGCCUACUGAUUCAUAUAUCGCGGGAGAUGGGCGCUUAAUUAGUCCCAAUAAGGUGGAAAAUGAACCUGAAAAUGUUACACAUGAGUCCUCACAGGUGACUGAAGUGGUUCCUGAACCAGAAGUUAAUACUGAGAAAGGGUUAUGUGAUUUCGAUCUGAAUCAAGAAGUAUGUUCUGAUGAUAUGGAUCGUCCAGUGAAUCCCGUCUUAACCCCAAUUUCAGUUGUUUCAGCUUCUAGGCCAACAACAGCAUCUGGAUGUCCUUCAGCACCUUUGCAGUUUGAGGGCUUUCUUGGAUGGAAAGGAUCUGCAGCUACUAGUGCGUUUCGACCAGCUUCACCACGCAAGACUUCUGAUGGUGACAAGAAUAUUGAGACUGGGGGAACCAGCAGUAAUUCAAAACAUAGACAGGACAGCCUUGUUAUAGAUCUGAAUGUGGCUGAAGAUGGUGAUGGGAAGGUGAUGGAUUUUAUUUCAGGAAGACAAAUUCCAGUCUCAUCUGACCUGCAUUCUGGGGAAUCUUCACUAGAAGUGGGUCCAAGAAGAUCAGAAAGGCCCGACCUGGAUUUAAAUCGCAUCAGUGAUGAUGGUGAUGCUCUGCCUUCGGGUUUGAGGAUGGAGGGACAGCUGUUCUACCCCCGGAAUGGCCAUCGCAGCCCAUCUCCUGCGUCUUCAUCAUCAUCUAUGCAGCUAAGGAAUUUUGAUUUGAAUGAUAGGCCUCUUUUUCACAAUGAUUCUUCUGAUCAAGGUCUCCAUCUUGGCAACCAAAAGGCAAGUGUUUUUGGAGGUUCUAAAUCAGGUGAUCCUGCCAUUUCCAUCAUGGGUACUAGAGUUGAAGUGGGGAGUAGAGUGGAAGCUGGGAGAGGGGAUUUCGUUUCUCUAAACCCAUCGUUGCCAAAUGGCAAGCUUUUGGACCCUGCAAUAGAUGCAAAUGUGGCAAGAAUGGGAGGUUUUCUUGGGAUCCCAACGGUGUCAUACACACAUUCUCCUGUCCUUGGGUACAAUGGAUUGACCACAGGGCCAGGCAUGUCCAUCUCCUCAGCUAUGUAUGGAUCUGGUGGCUCAAUACCUUACAUGGUAGAUUCAAGAGUAGCUCCUGUGGUGCCUCAGAUAUUGGGUUCUACAUCUGCUGUUCCUCCUGCUUACUCCCAACCCUCAUUCAUGAUGAGUAUGACCAAUGGACCUCCACUAAGUUUAAAUGGUGCAGGGCCCUCGCGGCCUAGCCUUGAUCUAAAUUCUGGUUUUGCAAUUGAAGGAGGUCCGGGGGGAUUGAGGCAACUUUUCAUGACCGGUCAAGGGAGAUCAAUGGAGGAGCAUUUGAGGGGCGCCGUGCAACCCUCGAGCUCUGGAGUGGGAGGGAAAAGGAGGGAACCAGAAGGUGGUUGGGAGCCUUACUCGUUACAAUAUAAACAUCCACAGCCUCCGUGGAGAUGAGACAACAUCCAAAUUGCCAAGUUCCUCUCUUGGUACGAAGUUCAUAAUCCAAUCCAGCUGAUUAAAAUUUGAAUUUCAAAUUCUAAUUUUGAAAGAGUAUGCGAGAGCCCCUUGGCUUCAGCGAGGGGGAAGUUGGAACUGAAUAAAAAUGGGGGAAUUGUGAAUGUAAUAUGAUUCAUGAGAUUAAUUGCUGAAGGAAAGAAAUUUAGGUUUUAUUCGUUUUAGUUUCUAAUUAUCCUUCUGUCAGCCAUAUAAGCUUGGUACAUGUAGCUGUAAGAUGCCUUUUUCUUAUAUAGCACAAAAAAUUAAAGGAACUAAUUGCCGUUAUGGCUUAGUUUUUACAACA